AUUUAUGGAGAAAGUUCUUCGUGUGCUGGGAGAGCUCUCAGGAAUAUUUUUACUCUACAAGCAUCUGACCUGAUUAAAGACAGGGUGUACCUUACUGGCAUUUGCAGGAGAAGCUGUAUUGGAUCAGAACUGGUAGACUGGCUUUUGGAGCAGUGUCCUUUUGUUAAGUGCAGAUCUACAGCAGUUGGAGUGUGGCAGCUCCUCCUGGAUAUGGGCAUUAUAUUAUCAGUGGACAGACAACUCUAUUUUCAAGACACUCACGCUUUCUACCAGUUCUCAGCAGAUGAAUGUACCUACCUUUUCUGUGAAUUUGAGAAAGAGGAAGGAUGGAAGAAUGGAGUAAAGCUCCUACUUCAACUACUGCCAUUGUCUCCUCCCAGGAUUGACAUGUGUAAUCU